AUGUCAAUCGAUACUCAAAUCGGCAAUCGAAGCAACACAUGUACCACAAGAAAAAGGAAACUAACAAAAUUAGUAGAGCAUCGUUGGAUAGAUAAACAUGUGUCAGUUCUAACGUUCAAACAAUUUUAUCCUGCGGUUGUUAUUUUGUUAGAAUUUAUGAUGGAGAAUGGUGAUGCAGAAACAAGUGGUAAUGCGAGAGCUUAUUUAAAAUGUAUUGCCGAUACUGAUUUUAUAAUACCAUUGUUUGUUGUGUCAAAAAUAUUUGAUAUUACAAAACCAUAUUCCGAGGUGUUGCAAGAUAAGAAAUGUGGUGAGUUAGUUAUUCGUCCGUCGAUAAAAUGUGUAGUUGAUACAUAUUUAGAUCUCAUUCAAUGUUACGAUAAUAUUGAAAAUAUCGGGACAUAUUUGACCAAAUUGAAAUAUGAUAAAGCUAAACUCGAUGAAUUACAAAAUGAUCUUGAACAAUUUUCCCAUGAUAAUGAUGUUGAAUUAAAAAUAUCAAGAACCAGUAAACAUAAAACAGUUGAAUUAUAUUUGAGACACAUUUAUGAAACAUUCAUACAAACAACUCUGGAUCAAUUAUCAUACAGGUUCAGUGAACAUCAAAAAAUACUAGCGAAAAUCAUGAACUUAAUUCCAGUUUAUGUGGUAGAUCGAACAGUCGAUGAUAUUAAAGAAUUAGUUGAAUUUUAUAAAGAUGAUCUAUCGUCGGAUGAUAAUAGUGUUAUCUACGCCGAAUUUCAUAUCUGGAAAAAUAAAUGGGAAAAAAUAAUAGUGGAAGAGAGACCAACAAAUAUCAAUGAAACAUUAAUUGAAUUAGUUCAUUGUCGAUCAUUCUUUCCUAAUUUAAAUCAGUUAUUUGAAUUAUUUGCCGUUUUACCCGUAACAGUAGCAACAGCUGAACGAUCAUUUUCAACAAUGAAACUAAUCAAAAAUUGUUUACGAAACAGUAACGAUGAUGAUCGAUUAAGUAGUCUUGCUCUCAUUCAUAUUCAUCAACAAUACACAAAAGAAUUGAAUGUUGAAGAUGUUGUUAAUGAGUUUUGCAAAGAUAAACGACGAAUCAAAUUCACCAAUGAUUAA